AUGGGUGACUUACCGAAAGAAAAAGUUGAACCAGGUCGUCCCUUUAUCAAGUGUGGUGUCAAUUACGCCGGUCCUUUUUUCCUAAAAUCGGGACUAAGAAAAAACUCGCCGAAAACCAAGGCUUACGUUUGUUUAUUUAUUUGUUUUGCGACACGAGCUGUGCAUUUAGAGCUAGUGAGCGAGUUAAGUACCAACGCUUUUCUCCGUGCGUUAAAUCGUUUUUUUGAUCGACGUGGGAAAAGUCAAGAAAUCUAUUCUGAUAAUGCUACAAAUUUUGUUGGCGCCAAUCGGCAGUUGAAAGAAUUAUAUACAUUAUUACAAAGCGACGAACAUCAAAAGGGGACCGUUGAAAUGCUAUCAGACCUAAGGGUUGAGUGGAAAUUUAUUCCUCCGCGUUCCCCACAUUUCGGUGGUUUGUGGGAAGCCGGAAUUAAAUCAAUGAAGCAUCUAUUGCGUCGCGUCCUAGGCGAUGCCCAUUUUACCUUUGAGGAGUUAUUAACUAUACUUACACGUGCCGAGUCUUGUUUAACUCCUAUUUCGUCGGAUCCAAAGGAUCUAAUACCUCUUACUCCCAGUCACUUCCUUAUAGGAGACUCUCUGACAGUCAUACCCGGAACCGACGAGAUAUCUGCCAAUCAAUCGUCUGAACAGAUGGUGCCGGGUAUCUCAAUACUCUCAAAACUUGUGGAAACGAUGUAG